ACACUCAUGUGCAUGCUCACAGUGACAGUCAAGAUCAGCGGCUGGGAUGAGAUCUGCUGGGAUUCGACUCACCAGGACAGAUCUUUCUACUCAUGAGCAGGAUUUGAGGAUCAACUGAAGGAAUGACAGAGCUGAGGUGUAGCUGUACUGGGCCCAGGAGCAGGAGAUGACUGUGGACACAGAUUUCUGUCCUGAUUGGGACAUUUCAAUAAGGAGUGGCUGCUGUGGUUUUCACUUAACUUCUGUACUGUAGGAGUGGGUUCCUAGUCUCAUUUGCAGGUUUCAAGUUUCCCCAAAACUUGAAAAACUUCCUCAAUCCUUUGUUGUGAGGCUAGAUCCUAUCUUCUGGUCUUUACCCUUUCACCAGCACCACCAGCAAUGGACCUCACCCUGUGGCAGUACCAGUUCCGGAUCAUCAUGCUGGGGGACUCCACGGUGGGCAAGUCCUCCCUGUUGAAGCGCUACACCGAGAACUUGUUCCUGGAGUCCAUAAACCAGACGGUGGGUGUGGACUUCUAUGUUCACUUCCUGGAGGUGGAGCAGGGGGUGCGUGUCAAGCUGCAGUUCUGGGACACAGCAGGACAGGAGAGGUUCAGGUCAGUGACCCGUUCUUACUACCGCAACUCAGUCGGAGGCCUGCUGGUGUUCGACAUCACCAACCGCGCCUCCUUUGACCGCAUCAAGGACUGGCAUACCGAGGUGUGCGAGCGAGUGCAGCCGCACAAGGUUCUGUUUGUCCUGGUUGGACAAAAGAGCGACCGCGACGCAGUAGGAGAGAGGGCGGUGAGUCGAGAAGAGGCUGAGAAACUGGCCGGGCAGCUGGGGAUGCCGUACCUAGAGGCCUCCGCCAAGUCGGGCCACAAUGUGAGGGAGUCUUUCGAACUCCUGGCUCGUCGGGUCUACCAGGGUCUGUUGAGCGGGGAGGUGGAGCUGCAGGAGGGAUGGGACGGAGUCAAGUGCGCCGCCCCCCAGGCGCUGCAGCUGCAGAGAGCCAGUCAGGCUACGGUCAGCAAAACCUCCAACAGCAACAAGAAGUGCUGUGGUUGAACGGUGGACUGACUCUGACAUGGUGGUGACCUGCAGCCAACAUACCCAUAUGAAAUGCAUUAGCACCUUUUGUUGUGAGGAUACAAGCUUCAAUACUUGUAAGCAAGGGACUGAUUUGUGUGACCUACAUUUUGGUAUUUCUAAAUAGGUGAAGAUUUAACUUUAAAAACAAAGGUUCUUUGUUUUAGUUGAGCAAGGCUUUGUGACAGACACUUAUUGGUCCAGAAACAGUAAAUAAACCGUACCCUCAUUUGCACUUUUUAGAACUAUUAGCCAACGUUAGCCUAAUAUCAAGUUAUAGUAUGAUGCUCUGAAAUAUAUCAUUAGCAUUGUGAGCAAAGUGUGAUAACAGCAUUUGGCCCAAUCCUGGCGAAGGUCAGCAGAAAGAUUAGUGUUCUCUUAUGUGAGCUACACAGGCCACAGGUCAUCAGACGCCUCCAACACGGAUCAACAGGUCAUCAGACCGUACAGACUUGAUGAGGUCCUGAGGCUGGAGAUUUUUUUCCUCAUCUUUCAUAUGAGUUUGUUACCAACACAUUCUGUGUUCAUCUUCCCUUCCACUCAGUCUGGGAGCUUUAUAGACCCGCGCAUUGGAAAGAUGUUUUCCAACCUUAGGUCUGGGCUGUCCGAGGGUUCUUAGGACAUAUGAGGAGUCAUUUUACGCAUCGCUUUUACAAAUCCAAAAUGACGAAUGAUUCAAAAUAUAACAAGGAAUGCAAGUAAACACUGGUUUAUUUGAGGACUUGCAACCCCAAAAAGUUUUGGAACCGCUGCACAAGAAAAUUCUGCUUUUACCUCCAACCUUAAUUUUCUAGACAUAAAUCUGUGAUUCUUGUAUUGUUUGUUCUGUCAAUAAAUGGCAGCAGUUAAGUUAUUGGGUCCCCUGGUUGAUUAUAAACAUCACCUCAGGCCCUUAUGUGAACUAAUCAUCUGGGCCCGAGCUGUUAUUUAGAAAAAGCCUUUUGUUUUCACUUCUAACUGAACAGCAUCCUGCGAGUGACUGAUAGUUUUUAGGUGCCGUUAUUUUGAGAUUAAAUAAGAGCAAACUCUGAGGUGCCUUUGGAUAUUGUUCUGUUGAAAUGUUGUGAAAGGUUUCCAUAGCAAUUACUGUUCUUCUGGCUGAUGAGCAACCUCUUGUGUUUCUGCAGGUUUAUUUUGCUAAAGACACACGGAUCCACUGCUCUGUGUCCUUGGUUGACAGCAAUUAUACAAGAUAGCAAGUAAAAUGACUUUUUAAAAUAAGAAAAUGAAUGUUUUGCUUUCGUUUGACCCUUUCAAA